AUGAAAUACGUUAACUUGGGUAAUUCUGGUUUGAAGGUUUCUCAACUCAGCUUGGGUUGUAUGAGUUUCGGUUCUCCAAAAUUUGCAGAUUGGGUAUUGGACGAAAGUGCCUCAAUGCCAAUUCUUAAGAAAGCUUGGGACUUGGGAAUCAACUUCUUUGAUACUGCCAAUAUCUAUAGCAAUGGAGAUAGUGAAAGAAUCUUGGGUAAAUUUAUUAAGGAAAACAACAUUCCAAGAGAACAAGUUGUGAUUGCUACCAAAGUUUUUGGUCCAGUUGACAAAUCAGGUGAACAAAAAAUACUUUUGCUUAGCAAGGAAAAGAAACCUAAUUCUCAUGGUCUUUCAAGAAAGCAUAUUUUGCAAGCUGUUGAGGACUCUUUGGAAAGAUUGGGAACUGAUUAUAUUGAUUUGUAUAUUAUUCAUCGUUGGGAUAAGGAUACUCCAAUUGAAGAAACCAUGCAAACUCUUCAUGAACUUGUUAAGUCAGGAAAGGUCAGAUACAUUGGCGCUUCUACAAUGUUUGCUUGGCAAUUUGCUAAAGCUCAACAUUAUGCUGAAACUAAAGGUUUAACCAAGUUUAUUUCCAUGCAAAAUCUGUAUAAUUUACUCUACAGAGAAGAGGAAAGAGAAAUGGUACCACUCUGUGUCGAUCAAAAGGUUUCUCUCACUCCUUGGGGUCCUCUCUCUAAUGGAAUGUUAGCUAGAGCUCAUGACUUUGUCGAAACUGAACGAAUUGAAGGAGAAUCCAAAAGAUCAACCUCUGAUUUCUUCCAAAAACAAAUGAUUGAGCAAUUGACAGAAGGCGACAAAGAAACAAUGAGAAGAGUUUCAGAAAUUGCUAAAAAGAGAAACUACACUCCCGCUCAAAUUGCCAUCGCUUGGUUAUUAGCAAAGCCAGGAGUUGCAAGUCCAAUCAUUGGAGCAACUAAGGAAGCAAAUGUAGAAUUGAGUGUUGCUGCUUGUGAAAUUGAGUUGACCAAGGAAGAAGUUGAAUACUUACAAAGUGCCUACACUUCAAAGAAAGUUCAAGGUUUCCUUGAUUAA